AUGGAUGCGGAAUAUAAUUUAGACGAUUUGUCUCAAUUUCAAGAAUGGGCUUCGCAGCGCUCUACGCAGUUGUCCAACACUGGUUUGAGCGUCAGACCAACUACAUCCCCUCUUCCUGAAUCCGUCCCUCCUAGCGUGGCGCCAAAUGAUACUCCGCAGGCACUGAGCCAGUGCCAGAGCGCAUCUCAAUCGAAGCUGACAUUUUUACAAGAGGCAGAGUGGGAUCCAGAUCAGUCAUAUGACAGUGACUCCCCAAAUUGUCUUCAUUACUCGAUCGAAUGGAAAUCUGACGAUACCACGGUGGUGGUCUCUGUCACGAAUCGUUCACAACGAGAUCUCACAAAACGAUCCAAUCAAACAAGGAUCGAUUGGACUGUUGUGGAAAAACAAUUGUCUACUUGGGGCGCGUACUUCCAGAAAGGCAAGAAACUCAGGUUGAAUCUCUCGUUCAAUUACGUCGACACGACGCGGCCGGCUGCGCGGGCAACAAGGAAGGGUGACAAGAGAGGGUCGACAUCGGCCACCAGGCUCAUGCUUGUACAACGGGACUUACAACUCGAAGCAGAAGAGCAGGCUUCGGGUCAUCCAGCAAUUUGGCAAAAAGUGUACGCUCUCAUGCGCUGUCCGGGGUUAUGUGAUCGUGGUGCUUACUGCUGGAUCAAUCCAGACGGGAGAAAGCAUUACAGGAUGAGAGCGCCACACUUCAGAAGCCUUAUUGAGUAUGUCAACCGGGGUGGCAUUCUCGAAACCCACGACGACGUCCGCCCGGAAGUCCGAGGCCAGUUGUACAAAGAGGAACAGGAGAGACAGGAUCGAAGGGUCAAACGAAAUGUGCCGUCUCCCUUUAAUGUACCUCCCAUCAAUAUCACGAACGUUCUGCCUGGUCACUCGCAGCAACCAUCGCAGCAGGGCGGACACCAAGGGGUGGCAUCUCAUGUGCAUUCUCCGCCCGCAGCCAAAACCUUACAACUCGACAUUCCUGGUUUUCGUGAUGACGCAUUGCGAGAAUACACGACGUGGCAGCAGUCCAAGGUCCGAGAUCCCUUGCUCAAGGCGGAAUUUGGGAAAGCUCGUGAUGCGGCGUUCAAGGUGGGCUUUGAUUUGGAGCUAAUUCAUGAGAAGCAGAAUGGCGAUUUCUUUGUCCAAGCAGGCGUGAUACUCGGUGUAGCAGAGCGUUUCCCUCGUGACAUACUGCUGUGGAAUCAGACCCAAAGAGGAGCUUGGAGUUGA